AUGACUAACGCCGGCGCGAUGACGAUUUCGCGUGCUUCUCUCGCCGCCGCUCUCCUGGCGUGCUUCGCCGUGCUUCUCGCCCCUCCCGGGGCGCUCGUCUCCGCGCAAAACGCUUUCCUCGUAGCGAAGGCCAAGACGCUUCGCGCCGCUGCAAAUCAGACUGCGGCGGACCUUAAUGCGGCCCAAGCGGACGCCGCCAAACAGGCGGCUGAAGUCGCCGCCGCCAACCGAACUCUGUCCGAUCUGCAGGGCCCGGACCCCGCUCUCAACGACCGCAUUGCAAUGAUCGCCGAAAUGAAUAACAGCGUCGCCGAUGCGCAGUACGACCUUGAAAUUGCAAACAAGAUUCUCGUUCUCCGGAUCGCGGAUCUCGCGGCGUUUCAGGCCGAUCCGUCGACGCACCCGCAAAUCCCGGCGGCGCAGAAGGCGGUCAACGACGCGACGCGGCGCGCGCGCAUGACGUCAAUGCUGCUAGAGGAAUGGCGGCUCGUCGUGCAAGAGGCCGCGGACGCGGAAAAAGACGCGGAGAGGGCGGUAAACAAAAAUCCGACUUCGUUGGUGGCGCAGGCUACGCUCGUGGAAGCGCAAUUUUACCGCCAAUCUGUAAAGGAUGUGCUCCCGGAUAUCGUGGCGCAAGACGCGCGCGCGCAGGCACGGAUGGAUCGCGUUCAGAAGGAAUUGCUGACUCUGCUUUCGCAGGGUCCGCAGGAAGUGAGCAUUUUCCAAAUGGCAGUGGACGAUGCGAGAGGCGCGGUCAGCGCCACGCGCUUGGUGUACGAUAGCGCGGUUGCGGCAGUCGCUGACGCGCAGUUGGCGCUCACCGACUAUCUCGCGGGCAAGGAAAAGGCGAUUACUGACACGAAGGCGCGUUUGGCGAAGGCGAAGCAGAACCAGGCUGUCGCUGACAAGAAGGUGCUUCAGCUCACGGAUAAGCUCAAGGCUGCGCUGGUCUACGUCAGAUCGCGGAUGACAGGUGGACGCUCGGUGGUAAUGACCGCCACGGAUCCGAGCCACGUGGCGCGCGGAGAGCGCACCACCAAGGACAAUCCAGAUCAGCCGUUCGCAGAGAAGGAGGGUUUGAUUGAAGGGAAGGCCGUUUUAGCGAAGCCAUCCCAGCUGCCACCAGAGCCUCCUAACAAGCUUACAGAGCUCUUUGAUAAGAUUUUUGAGAAGGCAAUCAGUGGGACAGACGUGUAUGACCAGCAGCUCCGGAACAUUUUGUUCCGCGAGGGGGUGCUGCUGGGGGGAGGGAUGUUGGAGAGCCAUGGGGAGGUGGAGAGGGGGGUGGUGGAGGGCGCAUAUUGGGAGAUGGUGAAGCAAGAUAUCGGUACUGCUGCUGCUUCGUUAGAAGAGCUGUUCCGUGAAUCUAAUGGUGAGUUUGAGAGUGCUUAUAGCAAGUAUAGUAAGGUGAAAAGCCAUGGGGAGGUGGAGAGGGGGAUGGUGGAGGCCGCGUAUUGGGAGAUGGUGAAACAAGAUAUCGGCACAGCUGCUGCUUCGUUAGAAGAGCUGUUUCGUCAAUCUAAUGGUGGCGAUGGGUUCGUCUCCCUUGAAGUCUCGCCGAAGCUAGCCUAUGAUACGGCAGGUUCGGUGUCGCUGGCUCAGGAGCUCCACGCCGACCUGGCUCGGCCGAACCUGAUGGUCAAGAUCCCUGCCACCGAGCCUGGCGUGGCUGCGAUUCGAGAGAUGAUUUCUCGCAUGAAGAAUAUCAAUGCCACUCCUGGUGUGGCUGCCAUUCGAGAGAUGAUUUCCCGCAUUAAGAACAUCAAUGCCACUGUAAGCACCCGCUCUCUCUAUGCGCGCCCCUCUGCUUUCUUGCCUGCUAUAACCCUGCUUGCCCCGCUCCCCUUGCCACUGAGCCUGCUCAUUUUCUCGCUGACGCGCUACAGUGAGGUCAUGGAGGCUGACCUCAUCUUCUCCCUGACGCGCUACAGUGAGGUCAUGGAGGCUUACGUGGCAGGCCUGGAGGACGCCGUGGCAGCUGCCAACGCGGCAUCUGAGCUGUCAGCAGCCGCGUCUGACUCAGCAGCAGGUGCCCUGCCACGUGUCAACCUCUCCUCAGUCUCCUCCGUGGCUUCGUUCUUCGUGUCUCGGGUGGACAGCGCUGUUGACAAGCGUCUCAAGGCAAUCGGGACGGAGGAGGCUCGCACUCUUCUGGGCAAGGCAGCAGUUGCACAAGCCGUGGUGGCAUAUGACAUGUUCAAGACCAAGUUCAGCGGUCCCAGAUGGAAGGCUUUAGAGCAGCUGGGAGCGCGGGUGCAGCGACCAUUGUGGGCGUCAACAGGAGUGAAAGAUCCGUCGUAUCCGGACACGAAGUACAUCGACGCUCUGAUUGGUCCACACUCGGCCAACACCAUGCCUGACGCCACCCUGCUCGCCUUUGCGGACCAUGGGGAGGUGAAGCGCACUGUAGAUGCUGACGUGGAUGCUGCCUAUGGUGUGCUGGAUCGUCUCAAGGCUGUUGGAGUGGACAUGGAGGAAGUUGCCAAGGAGCUGGAGGCUGAUGGCGUUGACAAGUUUGCAAAAUCGUUUGAUGACCUGCUUGCUGCGCUUCAGCGCAAGGCCACCAUGAUACGUGGUGCAAGUAUCAACUAG